AUGUACUGGCUGCUAGAUCUUCUGGGCAGAAAGAGCUGCACUCGUCCUCUCGGCCGUCACAACUCGAAGACACCGAGUCGUACCGACACCUUGUCACGACCAGGCAAAAAGGAGAGGCAGCGGAAGGACCUAACCGGUGCCGAAAAGGAUGACCUGCGAUCUCUGGAGCGAAAACUGGAGAAGCGCCUGAACACGGGCUAUCGAACCUCUUGUAUCCGGACGGCCCUGAUGAUCUUAGAGAUGGGCUUCGAGAUCAAGCAGGACCAGAUGGGCCGCAUGUUGGCGCAAUGCAUGCAAAGGCCUGGCAUUGUUCAAAUUUGCAUGACCAUCAAAUUGCUUCAGAUCGCGCCGAACGCCAUGAUCCCCGUGGAGCACUUCCUUCGGGGCCUCGGCGUCCUGGUGCAGCGGAACUUCCCCGUGCAGAUCCUGCGAACGUGGCUUAAUAUGGGCUGCCCCAGGGAUCAGAGGUCCUUGCGACCGCUACCGUACGACUACGAUGAGGAUGAGAAGAGGAUGGUCGCGCAAGACCUGGAGGAUGCUCUCGGCAUCAUCACUGAUGACGAGGAGGAUCGGAGAGGCGCCGAUCGACGCGUCAUCCUCGUACAGGAUUGCAAGGCCCGGCCUGAGCUCAAUGGAAAGUAUGAGCGUUCCUCCGACCUCGUGGCCCAUGGACGCCCGGUCUUCGAAAAGAAAGCCGAGGUGCGAAACCGCAAAGGCAAAGGCAAAGGGAAAGGCAAGCAUGACGCGAAUGAGAUGAAGAGGCUCUUGAUGCCUCACAUGCUGGAUGAUGACGACAUCACCAUUGAGGUCAUGGUGAUCCACUACAAGCAGGAUCGGAAAGGCAUCAACACUGGCUGGUGGAUCAGCAAGAACACCCCCACAGGUCCUGGUCUGGCGUGGAAUGGCCGCGACACCAAGGGCCCACCCACCGGCGGUUGGUUCGUGAUCCGCGACCGGCAGAAGCUUCCGGACCCGGUGUUCAUCAUUGAUCCGAAGCAAGCGAGUGACGAGAACUUCGUGAAGAAGAGGAAGAACGAGGGAGCACGGUCCUUGGAGCAGUUGGAUGGCAAUAGGCUCAAGGGUCGGCUGCUGACCCCAGACAAGAACGUCAUGUCGUCCGAGUACUUUGGUCACUUCUGCAUGCUCAUGCACCUGGAGCAUAUGGAAGAACUUCGUCAGAUCAGGCGGCGCACGGAGACGAUGCAGGACGCUGAGCUACAGCGCUUGGGAUGGACGUUGGAUGGAUUGCCCUGUAUUGGCAUUUUUGGUCGUCGCGACCCAAAGAAAAAUACCAUCAUCGGCUGGGAAGACCCCGGCAGUGAGAUGGGCACCUUACAGCUUCCACCCAACACGCAGUUCGACCGACUGAAGUUCAAGCGCGGCGACUCCGUGAUCAUCAGUGAGUCCCGACAGCAGGUGCGCGUGAAGGGCGAAGCCUUAGAAAAGCUGGGUGAGGGCUUCAUCGCCGACAUCCAGUUGCCCCGUGGACGGGAUGGCGAAAGCAAGAUGAUCAUCCGUUUGCGUGGCUGCUGGCCUGAUGAUGCUAUGUCCCGGCGCUGGCGCAUCGAUAAGGGCGCGAACAGCACGCUCUACGAGCGACAGUUGCAGGCGAUGUUGAACCUGGUGAACAAGGACCGCUCACGCGUGCCUGAGUUGCUCAUCUCAGCGAAGGUGGGCUUAGCCGAUUCCUGGGCCAAGCAGUGGCGGAAGGGGCAAGGCGUGACUGAUGAGGACAAGGAGCUGGCUGCCAAGGCAGCUGAGCAAGCUGAGAAGGACGUGAUCCGAGAGAAGGAGGCGGCCAAGCUGGCGCGCCUGAAUCCGGGUGGUGCCUCCUCCGACAAGCUGGACAACGCCCUCAAGGAGGUGAAGACCUUAUCACAUUUGAACACCUCGCAGCGCGAUGCUGUGCGCUCGGCGUUGAGGACCACUUGCACCGUCAUCCAGGGUCCUCCAGGCACUGGAAAGACGCAUGUCAGUGUGCAGAUCAUGAAGAUGUGGUCCAAGACUCUGGACUUGUCACCGUUAUUGGCCACCUCCGACAGUAACCCGGCGGUGGAUAACAUUGCCAUUGGUUUGCGGAAGGAGGGCGUUCGAGCAGUGCGCGUGGGUCGCCCCGACAAGAUCAACCGAAUCCUCGAGGAGAUUACGUUGGAAUGUCUACUGGACAAGGAAAAGGAGGAAAUGAAGAACCGGCAGUACGAGGCGCGCUUCAAGUCGCGCUCGCGCUCCAAGACGGGCAGCCCCAAGCGGCGCAAGGUCUCGCGCUCGAGGUCGAAUUCGGCUCCGAGAAAAGGGAAGGGCAAAGGCAAGGGCAAGGGCAACGUGAAGAAUGACUUCGAGCUCCAGAUGCGAAUCUUACAGGACGCCGAUGUCAUUUGCACGACCACCAUCUCCUCCGGCGGUGACUUCUUUUCCAAGUUCGCCUUCGCGGGGGUCCUCAUCGAUGAGGCGGCGCAAGCCACCGAGUUGGCGGCCAUCGUGCCGCUGAUCUUGCGCGGCUCCCAGCGGCUGGUGCUGGUAGGGGACCAAUGUCAGCUGCCACCCACCGUGCAGUCCUCCGAGGCUGAGGAGCGAGGGCUAUCGCUGUCCUUGUACUCUCGCAUGGUGGACUCGGGAGGGCUGACACCCUUCCUUUUGGACACGCAAUACCGGAGUCAUCCGGUCAUCGCAGAGUUUUCUGCACGAACCUUUUAUGCCGGCAAGCUGAAGUCGGGGAUCAAAGGGAGUGACCGCAAGCAGAUCCGUGGCUUGCCGUGGCCCAACCACCAGUCGCCCAUCGCCUUCCUCCCAUCGGAUGGUCAAGAAGAGGAGGAAGGUGAAUCCAAGUACAAUCCCACCGAAGCGGAGCUGGUCCAGCGGCUGGUUCAGGACGCUUUCUUCCAGCGGGAGUUGGAGAUUACCGAGAUUGGUGUGGUCACACCCUAUGUCGCACAGGUGCGCUUGCUGAAGAGGAUGUGCAAACAGAUCAUCCCAGAAGGUAUGGACCCGGAGCUCCUCGAGAUCGCCUCGGUGGAUCAGUUCCAGGGCCGCGAGAAGGAUCUCAUCAUCUUCUCCGCGGUGCGCUGCAAUAGGGUGGGCAACGUGGGCUUCCUCGCCGAUUGGCGACGGCUGAACGUCAUGCUGACGCGCGCGCGGCGAGGGAUGGUGGUGGUGGGGAAUUCCCACACCUUGAAAGCCGACGAGCACUGGGAGAAAUGGCUGCAAUUCUAUGAGAAGGUGGCCUCAGGCCGUGCUCGAUCCCCAAGCCCCACGAAAAAGAAGCAGGAGGCGCCUCCUAAUGAGACGGAGGAGGAAAAGGAGGCACGGCUGAAGAAGGAGCGCAUUGAGGCCGCACGGAAGCUCUCGAUGGCCAUCCGCUUCCCGGGCUUAGCCAUGGCCCAGCAGAAGAAGAAGGAGGAGCGUUCUAGGUCGCGCUCUUGGUCCCCUGAGGGCGGUGGCCUCGUAGGCCAGGCCGAUUCCAAGUUCAAGGCCAUGGGUGGGCGGACCAAAGCGAGGGUCAAGACACCCUCGCCGGACCGGCCUCUGAAGCAAGUGAAGGCCAUCGGCAUUGGUCGGCGGAACAAGGCCGACGAGUUCACCAAGAAGGGCCCCACGAACGGAGCCGCCAAGGCGAAGCCCAAGGCCAAGGCCAAGGUUGCCAUCGCCUCGGACUCCGAGGGCUCCGGCUGA